UAGACACGUUCCGGGGCAGCUUCAACUGGUACUUAUAUUUUGCAGAUUCCGGGGCUGGUGGCUUUCUGUCGAUGUAAUCUGAUCCCGUGCAAGUGUCUUGGAACAAUCAUCAGCUUUCACAAUUCUGAAAGGGAGGUGACUUGAGCGACCGAAGAACAUACGUUGAAUUCAGCAGGAGUGCACCUGGGAAAUAGACCACAUCAUCCACCAACCUACAGCUAUUGGACUGAGGACAGUUGAGAUGCAUGGCCUGUAAGCAGCCAGUGCCAGCGAUGGCUCAUAGGAAGAGGCCAGGGACCAGUGGCUCCAGCUGCAGCAUGGUGGAGCCCCCCGCCCGGCCGCCCUGCCCCGCCGCCUACCCCCCAGAGCAGCACAGCCAGGACCAUGAGGAGGGGCCUGGGGAGGGGGAGGAGGAGGAGGAGGAGGAGGUCCACUACUGCCGCCAGCAGGGCCUGAAGCCAGAGCUGACGGACAGCCGGCCGGCCACACCUACUACACCGGAGCCGGAACACGAGCAUGAACACAGCCAUGACCACGAUCACCCAGACUGCCAGGACCAUGAUGACCACAGUCACAGCGACGACCAUGCAGAGUGCCAUGGCCACGACCACGAGCAUGCAGACUGUCAUGGUCACGAUCACGGUCACAGUCACGACGAUGUAGACUGCCAUGACCACGACCAUGGCCAUGUCCAGAGUCACAUCAAUGACCACGACCAUGCAGGCUGCCAAGGCCACCGCCACGACCACGCUGACAGCCUGGACGGAGACUCCAGCUCUGACUAUGUAAACAACACCUCAGAGGAGGAGGACUAUGAUGAAGGUCUGCCGGAGGAGGACGAGGGCGUCACCUACUACAUCCGCUAUUGCCCUGAGGAUGACAGCUACCUGGAGGGCAGCAUGGACUGCAAUGAGGCCGAGGCUGACUAUACCGCCAGCACCGUGCAGCACGUCCGGGCUGAGCCGCCGGCCGACACAGACGAGUGCCAGGAGGCGGUGGAGGAGUGGGUGGAGGGAGAAGGGGGGGUGGAGGUGGGAGAGGUGCGCUGUGAGGUGGUGGAGCAGGACCCAGAUGAACAGAUCUACGACGGGCGGCCGGAGCCCAUCCUGGACCACCACCCUCACCCCGCCGCCAUCCUGCAUGAGUCCCCCGCACCCACAGAGGAGGAAGAAGAGGAGCGGGAGGAGUACCUUCCUAACGAUGAGGAGGUGGUAGAGGAGGAGAGAGCUGGGGUUGGCUACACUGGGGACUGCUAUGCGCCAGAGGAGGACAAUGGGAACUCUGUGGUUCACGUACCGCGGUCUCCAUACCGUGGCCGUAAGGUGGUAGUGGAGGGGGAGACGGGGGAGGAGACGGGGGAGGAGGACAUUGACCAGAUAGUGGCAGAGAUCAAGAUGAGUAUGAGCAUGGGUAGCCUGAGCAGUGGUGGGACUGACCAGAGCCCUGAGGAGCUGGUGCAAGACAGUGCACCCAGUGAUUACCACCCUCCUGAGGCCCAUGCCAAGCCUGAGCCUGCCCCCUACACCCCAACCCCACACCGCCACGACAGCAGACCCAAGUCCCUCAACCUCCCCUCCACACGGCACAACAACCCUGAUCUCCAGAGGGGCUUCAAGGUUCGCUCCCGCACCCCUGAGGAGCGACAGCGGUGGGCUCAAGAACAGAUGACAAACGGUGCAGAGCAGCCCAGGAAACAGCAGCGCUCUGACCUCAACGUGCCGCUGGAGAACAACAAUGUCCUGGAGGAAACAAAGAAAGCUGCAUCUUUCCCCAGCUUUGUUGAUGUUCCAGGGCCCUGUGAGCCAGAAGAUCUUAUUGAUGGCAUCAUCUUUGCUGCUAACUACCUGGGCUCCACCCAGCUGCUCUCUGAGAGGAACCCGUCCAAGAACAUCCGCAUGAUGCAGGCCCAGGAGGCUGUCAGCCGGGUCAAGAGGGUUCAGAAGGCUGCCAAAAUCAAGAAAAAGGCGAGCCCAGAGGGGGACGCACACACACUGACAGAGGUGGACCUCUUCAUCUCCACCCAGAGGAUCAAAGUGCUCAACGCAGACACACAGGAAACUAUGAUGGACAACGCCCUGCGCACCAUCUCCUACAUAGCUGACAUUGGGAACAUUGUGGUGCUGAUGGCGAGGCGCCGCAUGCCCCGCACAGCCUCCCAGGACUGCAUCGAGACCACACCUGGAGCCCCAGAGGCCAAGAAACAGUACAAGAUGAUCUGCCACGUCUUUGAGUCUGAGGACGCCCAGCUCAUAGCCCAGUCGAUUGGGCAGUCAUUUAGCGUGGCCUACCAGGAGUUCCUGAGGGCCAACGGCAUCAACCCAGAGGACCUGAGUCAGAAGGAGUACAGUGACAUCAUCAACACGCAGGAGAUGUACAACGAUGACCUCAUCCACUUCUCCAACUCUGAGAACUGCAAAGAGCUGCAGCUGGAGAAGCAUAAGGGAGAGAUCCUGGGCGUGGUCAUAGUGGAGUCUGGCUGGGGCUCCAUCCUGCCCACGGUCAUCCUGGCCAACAUGAUGAACGGUGGGCCGGCCGCCCGCUCCGGGAAGCUCAGCAUCGGAGACCAGAUCAUGUCCAUCAACAACACCAGCCUGGUAGGGCUGCCGCUCGCCACCUGUCAGGGAAUCAUCAAGGGCCUGAAGAACCAGGUGCAGGUGAAGCUGAACAUUGUGAGCUCCCCUGUCACCACCGUGCUCAUCAAGAGGCCAGACCUCAAGUACCAGCUGGGCUUCAGCGUCCAGAAUGGGAUUAUCUGCAGCCUGAUGCGUGGGGGUAUUGCUGAGCGAGGGGGUGUCCGGGUUGGCCACCGCAUUAUUGAGAUCAAUGGCCAAAGCGUGGUGGCUACAGCACAUGAGAAGAUUGUCCAAGCCCUCUCAAACUCUGUGGGCGAGAUUCACAUGAAGACAAUGCCAGCGGCCAUGUUCAGACUCUUAACAGGACAGGAGACUCCUAUGUAUAUUUAAACCAAGGACAGAUCCCAUUCUCCUCCACAGAGGAGCUGUAAGCAGCGGUUGUUUACAGUCCAGUUGGAGAGCUCUGGGUGGACAAGACAAGACUAGCAGACUAAUGAGUGUCUGAGGAUGGCUAGUGAGCCAGAGUGAUUUUCUUUAUUUUGUGUCGAUGACUUAUCAUUUUUUCAUCUCAUCUUUUUUUAGCUAACAUUCAUUCAACUGACACUCCCGAUAUUUUGCUGAUGUUAAUACUAAAGAGGGUCAUCUGGGCAGAAGGUGUUUACGUUAUUUAUUUGUGUUGUUUGUGUUUUUUGGAUGUCAGUUCAGUGAGACUACAUGGAAUGCAUCACAAUGUAUUUUUUUAUAUUCAUAUCAAUGUAAUAUUGUACCUGCAUAUUGUUUCAUUUAGUUUUCUUUGUUGUAUUUAUUUUUAGUGUAAAUACAUAUUUUGCUAAUGUGUCUGAGGUAAUGGGGAAGGACCAUGGUUGCUUUGUACAUAUUUAUUGACUUUUCCUGCUGGUUUGAUAGCAGGGAAAAGAGCCCUGCUAAAGGACGAUUUAAAUCCUGUUGUUAAUAUAGUUUAGCUGGACAGUAAAAGGGUGUUUGGGAGUGACUUGGGUAAUAUAAUUUUGUUUAUAUUUAUCAAGCAAAUGCUAGCAGCAGAGGUUGUAUGUUACCAAACGCCAUAUCCCUUCAGAUUUGAACUUUUUCAUUUUAUAGAAGUUCAACCUCAUCAUGAUAACAAGUCAUGAUGAGGUCAAGGUUUUUGACUAGUGUGCAAGUAUUUUUUUAACUUCCAUAUGUCAACACAAUUUAUUGGACAGCACUGUCUCUCACACAUUUUAAUAACAGUUCAUUCAAAACUGUUGAACUUAACAUUGGUUUGAUUUUCAAAAUAAUAAGCAAUGUAUGAAACUUGAAAGGGUCGUUUCUAUGUGUGCUAUGUUCAUCUUUUGUGUUCCACCCCAACAGAAACUCAUUUGAGUCGAUUGUGAAUGUAUUGUGUUGUAAAAGCUGUGUCCAUUGCCAUAAGCAGUAUUAGAAUGUCUGUACAAAAAGAGAACUUUGUCUAGUAUUGUGUUCAUAAGCGUCACGGUUAGUCACUGCAAACAUCCCCCUUCUGCUGUGUCGGGCUUCAGCCUUGAGAGAAAGAUGAACAAUGAAUCCCACUGUGACUGAGGAAGCCUUACGACUGAGUAAUGCUUUUAACAUGCAUUUUACUAAAAAUUACAUUUGAAAAAUUAACAUUUAUCUGUGUGCAUGCCUCAUGAUAGUAUCAAGUCAUUAUGGCAACAUAACAAUAAAAUCUCAAAUAAUCCCCAA